GCUGCAGUAUUCAUAGACGACAGAACUCAAUUUUUCACUACUUGCAUAAUUUAAGAUUUUCAUUAGAUUUAUUAAUAAAAGGUAAUAAACUGAGUUAACGCUAUGAAAAUGCCAAUUAGCCAACAGAAGGGCUUCUUUGCCGAAUACUAUCUGAAGUUGAGGGAAGCGGGCGGUACCAGUUGCGAUACGGACAUUGCCAAAUUAUCCGGAUGUGGCAACGACGACGAGCGCGUGGCAUAUGUGGAUCAGCUGAGCUGGGUGCAAUCGGGGGAUGCGGGGCUUCAAGUGCAACGGGAAUUCAAGGGAAAGAGUGCAACAGUCGCUGCGGAACUGAAGGAACGUGCCACGACUGCCUUCAAGCAGAAGAAAUGGCUGGAGGCAAUGUUGCUCUACAGCAGAAGCUAUGUGGCGCUGCCCAGUGACAAGAUUCUAGAGCGUUCCAUUGCGCUGGCCAAUCGCUCGGCCACUUUGUAUCAUAUGCAGAAGCACAGCGAAUGCCUGGUGGACAUCCGAAGAGCCCUCGAAUUGGACUAUCCCAAGGAUCUUUUAUACAAGCUGUACGAGCGACAAGCACGCUGCUACAUGGCCCUGAAGGAUUAUCCUCACACGAUCAGCGCCUUCAAGAAAUGCAUUACGGCUAUGGAUGAUUCUUCCCUGCCCGCCGACAGACGCUCGAAGCUGCAUUUGGAUGCCAUGACUAUGAUCAAAAUGCUGGAACGCGAUCCUCGCACGGACAAACAAGCCGCCAGACAGCAGAAGCUAAAGAAUGCCAAUGCCUUGGAAUUGGAUCAGGCACAAACGUUGCCGGAUGAGAAGGAAUAUGUCAGCUCUUUGGUCCGCAUCGAUCAGAAUGCCCAAGAGGGACGCUUCGCUCGCGCCUCUGCUGAUGUCCAGGUGGGGCAGGAGCUGCUCGUCGAGCGUCCCUACGUCGCUGUGCUGCUCGAGAAAUUCGCUCAGACCCAUUGCGAGUAUUGCUUUGUGCGAACUGUGGUGCCAGUUUCCUGUCCAGGCUGUUCCGAUGUCGUCUACUGUUCGGAGCAGUGUCAGCAGCGUGCUGCAACCAAAUACCACAAAUAUGAAUGUGGUUUAUUGCCGGUCAUUUGGCGUUCAGGUGCCUCCAUCAACAACCACAUGGCACUACGCAUCAUUGCCAGCAAACCGUUGGAUUACUUUUUGCAGUUGAAGCCAACCAUUGAUGAAGAUCUAUCAUUGGAGCAGCUUUUAAGUCUGCCCAAGGAUGACUACCGUCGUGUGGCACACCUGGAACGCCAUCAGAAGGAGCGUUCGCCCUCGAAUUUCUUUCAGUACGUGCUAAUGGCGCGUUUCCUGACCAGAUGUUUGCAGUCGGCGGGCUACUUUGGCAGUGAGCCACAGGUGGCUCAGGUGAGAGCCAUUAACUCGCUGCUGCUGCGGAGUCUGCAGUUUAUUCAGUUCAACACCCACGAGGUGGCUGAGCUGCAUAAGUUUAGCGCCGAAGGACGGGAAAAGUCCAUUUUCAUAGGUGGUGCUAUAUAUCCGACCUUGGCGCUCUUUAAUCACUCUUGUGAUCCGGGUGUGGUCAGGUACUUCCGUGGCAAUACCAUACACAUCAACAGCGUGCGACCCAUUGAAGCUGGUCUGCCGAUCAAUGAGAAUUACGGACCGAUCUACACGCAGGACAAGCGGGAUGAUCGUCAGGCCAGGCUGAAGGAUCUGUACUGGUUCGAAUGCAACUGCGAUGCAUGCCUGGAGAACUGGCCCCUGUUCGACCAGCUGCCCAGGGACAUCAUACGCUUCCGUUGCGAGGCGCCCAACAAUUGUGCGGCGAUCAUUGAAGUGCCGCCCACCUGCAAUGAUUUCAUGAUCAAGUGCGUCACCUGCGGCGAAAUUACCAAUAUACUCAAGGGUCUUAAAGUCAUGCAGGAUACGGAGAUGAUGACACGCACGGCCAAGCGACUUUAUGACACCGGCGAGUACUCGAAGGCACUCAACAAGUUUGUCGAUCUGUUGCGUAUCAUGUACGAGGUGUUGGCACCUCCGUUCCCCGAUUUCUGUGAGUGUCAACAGCAUCUGAAGGAUUGCUUCCUCAAUCUGGGUAAUGUUUACAACUUGAAUUGAUAUUCUAUCUGUUUACAAUGCAUGUGAAAUCCGUUAAUUUGAAAUAAAUCUAUUUAAAUUUGUUAAAACACAA